AUGGAAACGCACCAACCAUUGCUGCGAGGAGGCUGCUCCUGCGGCCGGAAUAGCUACGCCAUAUCCAUCCCCAACGACGCUACCAAUGAAGCCGAGGUAAUCUUUUCGGGUCAUCAAGAUCACCGACAUGCUCAAGGAGUUCCCCUGACAGCAUGGCUACGAGUUCCGCUCACAUGGUUUCGGUCUCAAACACAUUCUUUCUUUCCAGAUGAGACACAUGCUACGAUUCGGCGUACAUUCACACCCCAUUAUGCACCGCAUACGAAGCGCUAUUUCUGCGGCUAUUGCGGGUCUCCCUUGACCUUUUGGACUGAUGAACCCGAGAGUGAAGCUGAUUUCAUGUCUGUGGCUUUGGGCAGUCUUUUUGGUGAUGAUUUGAGAUUGUUGGAGGAUCUGGAUAUACUACCUCCCGAUGAUGAGGAUCUUGAACAGCAUGUAAUUACUGAAACAGUUCCUACGACUCUUGUGACGCGAACGUCAUCAGAAGUGGCGCCCACAGCACCCUCAUCGUCGUCUACUUCUCGCAUCUCAUAUCAUUCAGGAACUCUUGCUGGUGUUCCUUGGUUCGAAGAAAUGAUCGAAGGUAGUAGACUCGGGCGUAUCAUGAAGAGCCGACGGGGAAUUGGUGCCAGCGAGCAUGCCUCCACGACUUUCGAAUGGGAAAUUAGUGAAUGGCAAGGCACCGACACGGGCAGACAGCCGACGAGGGUCUUUACUUCGAUAACUAGUGAACGUGGAAAAAGGAAGGCCGAUGAUAUGACUACUAUCUAG